AUGGCGGGUCCUGAUAACUUGGAUGCGCCACAGUCGCAGGAAAUGGGGCUGAGCUCAACCGGUGAAACCUCAAGUACUGUAAGUACUACAAUUGGCGCCGGAUCGCACGAUUUGCCGUUUUCCCGCAAAUUCAGGCGUCUUCGGGCAUGUGCGAGAUGCCACAGGCUCAAAAUGCGGUGCGUGUUUGCCGAUCCGGACUACCAGAGUUGCACGAGAUGCUUCAAGUCCGGACUUCAGUGCUCCAUGACCGAAGAUCCGACCGAAAAGGAAGCACGUUCAAGACCGAGAAAAAAAGCUAAAGUCCACGAACCGCCGCUGGUAGCAUUGCAGGGCACUGUUUCUGGUGCCAGGAAGUAUCUUCUGCGGGUGCAGAAGGACCUGGUAUCAGUGAAAUCGAGUGAAAUGAGGAGUAGAACCAGCUCUGUGCAGCAAACAGACUCGAGUUCGGGCGGUUCUGCCUUCGAACUCAGCUCUGGGAACUUUCCCGCAGCCCAGCAGUUGUCCGAAGACUCCAUUGUGUGCAUCCAGCAGCAGUUGACGUCCUUGCAGAAGCUCUUGUCCCACGUUUACAUGCUAAAAAAGCAAGAUGUUGAUCCUGGCACUGACGGAAAGCGGACCCAGGCCUUUUCCGCCGGUUCCAUGAAGGACGGACCGGUCAAAAGCAUUCCCUCUCUUCCGUACAUCGCCCCGGAGCUCAACAUUAUGAAGGAGCUCUUCAAACUGGACAUCCUGAGCGAAAAUACAGCCAAGCAGAAGUUGAACUAUUUCAACAACAGCCUUCUUUCGUACUGGCCGUGCGUCUCGCUUCCCAAUUCGGCAACCUAUGAGUACCUGCUCGAGGAGGAGCCGUUGUCGCUUCUUGCAUUUGUCGCUGUCACGUGUCUAAACGACCCAGAUUUGCACGAUACGCUUCUCUACUAUUUGGAGGGCAGUCUGGCCAGGAAAACUUCCAUAACAGGCGAUAUUACCGUUGGCCUGAUUGAGAUAUACUUGGUUCUCUCCUUGUGGUGCUCGCCGCCAAAAAAAUGGGGCUCCUACAAACACCAGAUGAGUCUCAUGAUGGCUCUCAACAUCUCGCUUUGCUUGGAUCUUGGGAAUGACCAAUAUCUGAACAAGCCAUCUGUUCUCGCUGAUUCCUCAAAGGAGAGACGCGUCCUGAGAGCUUUCAUGGGCGUUUACGCGUGCUGUGGGUCCUUGGGCCUCUCUUUGCCCCGAUUUAAGGUUGUCAGUUGGACUUCCGUGCACCGAAGAUGUGCCAACUUGCUUCUUAUGGGUGACUCGAGUGUUGCCGACCGGUUUUUAUGCUACUAUUCGCGUUUGGUGUCGAUCGGAGAGGAGAUCUUCGAGUUUUUGUAUCCGUUAAACGGCCGGCCGGGAAACGAAUUGCUUAGAGGCGAGUUGGGGACCAAGUAUGGCUCAAUAAAUAACGGUGGUGGUAAUCUUGACGGGUCGAAAAGUGGCCAUCCGAAGAGCAGCACCGAUUAUGAGUUCAAGUACUCGUCAUCCGGCACUUCUGACAAUUCCCUAAGAGCCGUUAUGGUUGGAUAUGAGAGGCGGAUGCAGCAAUUGGCAAUGGAAUCUGGGUUAUUUACCGAGCACUCGAAGCAGAAAAACAUGUUUUCAAUCAUCUACUACCAGCUCUUGAUGACGAUGUACGACUACGUGGUUUGCAAAGUGUUGCUGAUGAGGAAAGAGAGCGUUGUUCCUGAGGCAUACAUGCAGACUCUUCUAAGGCUAGUGAAGGCCAGUGAGAAAGUAAUACAGAGCUUUAUUGCACUCUGUGUUCAGACGUCCAACUUCCCUACUUUCUUCUACUACAGGCCAAUGCAUGCCUUGGUCGCUUUAAUAAGAGCCAGAUUGUUGGUGAAGACGCAAUCGCUGGAUGUUAACAUUGAUGUCGAGAGUAAUUACGACGCGGUUUCCAAUUCCUUGAAGGAGUUGUCAAAAAAGUCGAAAGUCGCGGCAAAGAUGUCUGUAAUCCUUACGAGGAUUUCCAAGUGGAUGAAGGUGUCCAAUAAAUUCAACAAGGACGGAGCCACCAACUCGAUGGUCGAUCUCUUGAAUGAGUUGGGCAAGGAGAAGGCUGUGGAAAGCAUAAAGGUGACACUUAAGCGAAAAGAGGGAGACAACAGCUCACUUCACCCAGAUUCCCGGAUCAGGUUCAAGCGCUUUAUAAACUAUUCUCCCGACAUGCUUUCCGGAAGGCAUGGCUCUGUAACAAAUACUGCUGGGCCGGCAGGAGAUCUCACUAAUUCCACAAAUACAGUUGUAACUUCGGCAAAACUUCAUCACACUAACCAUAUACCGAUGGAGGCGGUCAAUUUGGAUUCUGGUGGCUCCAGAGUGAGAAACCAGUCCACUUCAUCAACAAAUUCUGGCUUUAUACCCUCGCCGAUUGGCUUUAACAGUGGUGAAUAUCCGAUGCCAAAAAGCAGACGUAUGUCGUCUGCAAGUAGUGAACAUAAAGGUUUACAACAGACGGCAGGUUCACCCUCGUUCUUUCCACCUGAUAUGACCUCUGGAAUAACACCUAUUGGUGAGCUAAGUGGUGAACAUAUAGCACAAACUAAUGGAGCAGAUGAUAGUGCCGCUUCAGGAUCUGAAUUCCAGCAACAGUACUUCCUAAAUGAUCUCUUCUCUCAGAUUGACGAUGACUUGAUGAAUUUCCAAUUCAGCGGCGAGGACUUGUCGGACUUGUCAAAGUCGAUCGACCCACACUUUGGUUCUUUUAGUGCCGCCGAUUAUAAGUUUAGCUAG